AUGACUAAUUCGAUUAAGAUUCCAACGGUAAUCCUACCAGUGACCUAUUCAUCUCAGGCUCCAAUGACACACUCAUCAGUGACCAAUGCAACUCAGCCUCCAACGGCACCCUCACCAGUAACCAAUUCAACUCAGGCUCCAACACCCUCAUCAGUGACCAAUUUAACUCAGGCUCCAACGACACUAUCACCAGUAACCAAUUCAAAUCAGCCUCCAACAACACUAUCACCAGUAACCAACUCAACUCAGGCUCCAACGACACUAUCACCAGUAACCAAUUACACUCAGGCUCCAACGACACUCUCUCCAAUGACCAAUUCAACUCAGUCACCAACUGGACCCUCGCCAGUAACCAAUUCAACUCAGGCUCCAACGACACUCUCACCAAUGACCAAUUCAACUCAGGCACCAACGGGACCCUCACCAGUAACCAAUUCAACCCAGGCUCCAACAACACUUUCAUCAGUGACUAAUUCAACUUGGGUUCCAACGACACUAUCACCAGUGACCAAUUCAACUCAAGCUCCAACGACACUAUCACCAGUGACCAAUUUAACUCAGGCUCCAACGACACUCACUCCAAUGACCAAUUCAACUCAGUCACCAAUGGGACCCUCACCAGUAAACAAUUCAACUCAGGCUCCAACGAUACUAUCACCGGUAACCAAUUCAACUCAGGCAGCAACGACACUAUCACCAGUAACCAAUUAUACUCAGGCUCCAACGACACUCUCACCAAUGAUCAAUUUAACUCAGUCACCAACGGGACCCUCGCCCGUAACCAAUUCAACUCAGGCUCCAACGACACUCUCAUCAGUGACCAAUUCAACUCAGACACCAACGACACUUUCAUCAGUGACCAAUUCAACUCAGUCACCAACGGGACCCUCGCCCGUAACCAAUUCAACUCAGGCUCCAACGACACUCUCAUCAGUGACCAAUUCAACUCAGGCUCCAACGACACUCUCAUCAGUGACCAAUUCAACUCAGUCACCAACGGGACCCUCGCCCGUAACCAAUUCAACUCAGGCACCAACGACACUCUCAUCAAUGACCAAUUCAACUCAGUCACCAACAGGACCCACGCCAGUAACCAAUUCAACUCAGGCUCCAACGACACUCUCACCAAUGACCAAUUCAACUCAGGCACCAACGGGACCCUCACCAGUAACCAAUUCAACCCAGGCUCCAACAACACUUUCAUCAGUGACUAAUUCAACUUGGGUUCCAACGACACUAUCACCAGUGACCAAUUCAACUCAAGCUCCAACGACACUAUCACCAGUGACCAAUUUAACUCAGGCUCCAACGACACUCACUCCAAUGACCAAUUCAACUCAGUCACCAAUGGGACCCUCACCAGUAAACAAUUCAACUCAGGCUCCAACGAUACUAUCACCGGUAACCAAUUCAACUCAGGCAGCAACGACACUAUCACCAGUAACCAAUUAUACUCAGGCUCCAACGACACUCUCACCAAUGAUCAAUUUAACUCAGUCACCAACGGGACCCUCGCCCGUAACCAAUUCAACUCAGGCUCCAACGACACUCUCAUCAGUGACCAAUUCAACUCAGACACCAACGACACUUUCAUCAGUGACCAAUUCAACUCAGUCACCAACGGGACCCUCGCCCGUAACCAAUUCAACUCAGGCUCCAACGACACUCUCAUCAGUGACCAAUUCAACUCAGGCUCCAACGACACUCUCAUCAGUGACCAAUUCAACUCAGUCACCAACGGGACCCUCGCCCGUAACCAAUUCAACUCAGGCACCAACGACACUCUCAUCAAUGACCAAUUCAACUCAGUCACCAACAGGACCCACGCCAGUAACCAAUUCAACUCAGGCUCCAACGACACUCUCACCAAUGACCAAUUCAACUCAGUCACCAACUGGGCCCUCGCCAGUAACCAAUUCAACUCAGGCAGCAACGACACCAUCACCUGUAACCAAUUAUACUCAGGCUCCAACGACACUCUCACCAAUGACCAAUUCAACUCAGUCACCAACGGGACCCUUGCCCGUAACCAAUUCAACUCAGUCUCCAACGACACUAUCGCCAGUAACCAAUUCAACUCAGGCAGCAACGACACUAUCACCAGUAACCAAUUAUACUCAGGCUCCAACGACACUCUCACCAAUGACCAAUUCAACUCAGUCACCAACGGGACCCUUGCCCGUAACCAAUUCAACUCAGGCUCCAACGACACUCUCAUCAGUGACCAAUUCAACUCAGGCACCAACGACACUCUCAUUAAUGACCAAUUCAACUCAGUCACCAACAGGACCCUCGCCAGUAACCAAUUCAACUCAGGCUCCAACGACACUCUCACCAAUGACCAAUUCAACUCAGGCACCAACGGGACCCUCACCAGUAACCAAUUCAACCCAGGCUCCAACAACACUUUCAUCAGUGACCAAUUCAACUCAGGUUCCAAUGACACUAUCACCAGUAACCAAUUCAACUCAGGUUCCAACAACACUAUCACCAGUGACCAAUUCAACUCAGGUUCCAACGACACUAUCACCAGUGACCAAUUCAACUCAGGUUCCAACGACACUAUCACCAGUGACCAAUUCAACUCAGGUUCCAACGACACUAUCACCAGUGACCAAUUCAAUUCAGGCAGCAACGACACUAUCACCAGUGACCAAUUCAACUCAAGCACCAAUGAAACCCGCACUACCACUACCACUGCCUCCCCGUUCAGAUACAGGUACUUUUAAGUUUGUACAAAAUGCUGAAUUUAGCCAUCGCACAAUGAAACUUACUAUUUUUACUCUUCUCUUCCAUGAUGACUGUUUUCUUUGUGAUACUGUUUUCGAGUUUUUGGUGAUACAGUGUUUCACAGGUUUUAUUUUAGCGAUUUAAUCGGGUAAAUAUGAAAAAGGGCAUUAAUUUCGCGAUUCAAGCAAUCUUAACUUGAGUAUAUUUUUCAAAAAGUCUGAUCAUUUAAAAAUUUCUAGAUAAACUGGAAUGAGCAAAACGCCUUUUUAUUUUUUUGUAGCCAAACAGACGAAAAUGAAAAUGAAAAUGAAAUGAAACUGAAAUCUUUGCAAAGUUAUUUCACAACAGAAGAUACAAAAUGCAGUUUACCAGUAAAAUCAGUUAAAAAUAUGGGUAUUUGUCGAUAAAUAUCCUGUAUAUGUUGUUGUUAUACAUACUAAUCAUUUUUCUGGGAUUUAAAUUUUUCUAUGGGUAUUCAAUUUCGCGAAGAUUUUUAUUCACGGAUCAUUAAUGUCGCGACUUUUUUUACAAUCGCGAAAAACGCGAAAUUAAAAACCCACGAACUAAAGUAACAAUAAAUUAUCCAGUUACUAUAUACUUUGUCUGUAGUCCAGGCCAUAAAUAAGUCAUGCUGUAAACCUCGCUCCAAAUCUAUCCACCGUAGCUUUGAAGCCUGGCCUAGCCCCACACAACUAAGUUCCUAUCGCUCUUCAAAUGAACACAGCUCUAUAUUACCCGCAAAUCCUUCUGUAUGUAUACCUACAGAGUCUUCAUUACAGUUUCCUAUUGUGUAUUUACACCUGAACGAUAAUGCACAAAUUUGGCUGCUCGAACAACUUGUGCAGAGAAUGUAUAGUUUAUCCUUUAUUAGGAACAGGGUGUAGGUAAAGUCCAUCAAAAUACGAGAACCGGGGCAUAGGAGCUCUUGUAUAAAGGUUGCUGAAAAUUCAUAACCUAAGGUACUCCUGAAAUGAACCCCUAAAAGUAACCAAAGCGGGUAUGAGAGGACUCCUAAAAACGACUUUCAUUAUUACCUCCGUCACUAUCUUCCAAGGGGAAAAAAAUAUUAAGGAACGUAAUGACUGUUGUAGAAAAUAUCGAUUUUUUUUUUCCAUUUCCUUAUAGCACCACUUCGGCUUGUAUGUCUAUGGAAAAACGAAAGUUUCAAGCUCCAACUUUUAGAUGCGUCCUCCUCAACUUAUCUCUCGUUUGAAACAUCCAUCAGUAAUCAGGUAACGCCCUUAAAAGGCGACUAAAUAUGCUCAUCAGAAUUUGAGAAUAGAAAGUGAGGGACACUAAGAUUUUUUUGAGAUAAGUGGUAUCUGACUGUGUGAAAAUGUAUGUCGACUAGCAUAAGAAACGUCAAUUUUAUAUAAAAUGUGUAAGUACGUUUAUAACUGCUGUUUGGGUUCUAUUUCUAAUCACUGAACGAUCCUUGAUGUGGUUAGAUAUCGUUCAGCCACAAAUCUUUUCAUUCCAUCAUUCUCGCAUGGACUACCGCUAUACGUGGAACAAGACCUGCUGAAACCUGUAUCAUAAUGCAAUUAAUGCUCAUCUCUUGAUUGCAGCUCAAGUCAAACCUUUCGCCACAUGUGACAGAAGUCAAAAUCCUUUUCUUACGGUAUGUUGUCCGGGUUGGUUGUGUCUUAGAUUGGCCAAGGCGUGGACUAGGUACCAGUGUUAACUUACUGUUCUCUAGAGACAGACGUAAUUAUCGUCCUAUCACGAAAGAGAGACAAAGAAAAAAACAGGAUUCCUUCCAAGGGAUUCAAUCCUAUGACCUCCCAUACACCGGGUGGGCGCCCUAUCCACUGAGCCGCCGAGAGACUAAAGUCUAAAUAGUUUUAAACAAACUCUUGUUCUAAUCCAUUAUCAGCCUCGCCAACCGUAAUAAAUGAACAUUGCUUAUAGUAAAUAGAAGGUUCAAGAAAGCACAAAGAGCACAAUAGAACAGCAUUUUCCGCAUGAAAUAACUCAUUUGUAAACACAAAUGGAGUUCCAACGCUUGCCUUAAAUUGCGGCUAAGUAAGACUCCAUUCAAAUAACCGGCCCGCCCUUAGAGUGAUACGUGUCACUGCUAGCAUCAGUGACGCUUAAAGCGUAUUUAUCACCCGGCCCUGGGACCUGUCACUUACCUUCUCCAUCAACGUAACUAUGUAUUAGAGUACAAGGAAUAAACAGAAUAGCCUCGGAAGACCAACAAACCUCACCAAACUUCACAUGGAUUUGUUGACGAGUAGUUUCACUUUAUUCAUUUAUUUAUAGGCCAGGAAGUGUGGAGGUUACUGCUGCCUUAACAAUACCAGAAGAGAAAAACGUAACUAUAGUAGAACAAAAACUUGCCUCGUUCAACCAGUCGGGAAGGUUAGGAAAUGUUCCUUGGACUGCAAGUUACUGGGGUUUUGAAGGUAAUUAGGUAUCUUAGUAUACUUUGAUCACUGAAAACACAGUUUUUGUCCUGAUGGGGCUACGAUGAACCUCCGAAGUAGCUAUUACCACAUCAUACAGAUCGUAUGAGGCUUUGCAAUUUUCUGAAGGUUUGAGAAGGUAAAACGGAUAUACAUUGACAAUCAUCUCUACAGAACGAGGGCCAUGAAAGCGUGUUCCAGCCACAAGUCGAAACAUAUUUACUUUUGUUGAAACUUCCAUAUAAUGGCCAACUCUAAAUAACAGCAACAUCCAGUUCUUCUCAACGGCCACAUCAUCAAGUAUAUCAUUAAUAAUUAAGUUGAAAUUGGUACAUGACGCAAUCCUCACACAAAUCCACCCAUACAUUAAAAUUGUAAUGAUAUACAGUGCCAUUUUUUAGCCCGACGGUCACUGGGUGCAAUUUUGCCUCGACAGCAGCUCUAGUGGUCCUGGUGUAGUGGUUUGGCAACAAAAGAAAAACCUACUAGAUUAAAUAUUUUGAAUCCGGAUCAAACCUAUUUCAGUAACCAUGUAGCUAAUAAGGGAGCAGUGACGUGCGGAGUCAGAUAAUAGCGGUUCGUAAGCAGUUUACGAUGGUCUGGCUAUAGGAAGUCAUUCCAAGGUCAACCAAUCAAAUUCAAAGACGACACGGAAUUAGAGCUUUUAUAUUUGGUUGCUUCUCAUAUUGACUAAGGUAAGGUCUUUUAAAUAUGAGAGCAAAGGCUUAAACUGAAGGCAUCUUUUAGACUCAUGCAAAUUUUCCAAAUCUGUUUAUCGGUUUAUCAAUUUUAAAUUUUGGAAAUGAUUCUACAUAAAUAACGGUCAGUGGAUAUAAAGAACAAAUUUAAGAUUUAUUUGUUGGAUUAAGGGCCUGUUUACAUGAAGGUGGGGGCCCCAUAGGAGAGGUAACCCACCUGUCCAUAUAACCUCUCAUUUUAAUUUGAUCACGUUUACAUGACAGGCGGGGUGACCGGCCACGUGCCACUUCACCUAUCUGGGGUCCCCCACCUCCAUGUAAACAGGCCCUUAGUGGACUUGUCUAAAUACACUUCACUGAACAGACCCUUAACCAGGUUUAAGAACUUACAACUUGGUUGCCAUCCAAUUAAUCACCACCAUGCGAAACGUUCUGAUUUUCCAUGGCUGACAGAUUGGUCAUUUGCUUGGUAGAAGGCUUAUCUAUUGAUUGGUUGAUAAUCCCUUUCGUUUCGGUUCCUAUCUUUUCCAGAUGUGUCUUGCCUUCCACCGUAUGUCCGCUUGUUGGGAAUGAAUGACAAACAACGUCCACUACCAAUUCGUCGCUCAAAGGAUUUUAUCGUUCAAGCAAGUGUCGAUAAGUCAAGCUGUAACUCAUCGCAAACACUUAUAUUUGUAUGGUAUUUAUACAGAUAUGAAGUGGUUUCUUCAGGAAAGUUAGACAUCAAAACGAUAACCUUAUUGGAUUCAAAAAGCACUGAAUGGAACUUAAGAAAGAGGCAGCUUGAAUACGGACAAUAUUUUCUGGAUUUUAAGGCCGCGUUUGCCAGUCACCCACGAGCGUUUGGCAGUGCUCUGGGAUUUUUUAACAUCACAAAAUCCCCGCUCAUAGUCGAAAUAUCAGGAGGAAACAAAGUUACACGUGGUAAAGGAAGCCUUAUAACACUUGACGGAUCUCUAUCAAGAGAUCCAGAUGUCGAACCUGAUGACCAUUCUUCGAUGCACUUCACUUGGUUGUGCAAAAAGCGUGACGAAAACUUUCCUAACCGUUCAAUAGCUUCAAUCCCGGUCGUUACACUAUCCUCGGGUCCAGGUAAUGGUGGCUGCUUUGGGACGGGUGUUGGAAAACUAAAUUCCAGUGACAUUACAGUGAAUUUAGAAACAACAGUAAUGUCCGUGGGCGAAAGUUAUGACGUAAAACUUAUUUUGACGAAGGAUGACCGGGAAAACUUCUUUGUCCAGGAAAUUGAGAUUGUAAGAGGUGAUCCACCCCAAAUUACUAUCAGGUAAAUAUAACAGUCUUCAGGCUCAUUCGUUAGACUCCUGGUUAAAGGUCGUGUGAUUGACGUAACUGCGUGUUAUCUUGACGUUUUUGUAUUUCUACCUAUUAAUAAUCUCCUCUGAUCGGUGGAUGAUUUCGCAAUGCCGUUCUAUAUCGUAUACCAAACUGAAAACACACAAGAAAUAAUGGGCAAAAUUUUGGUGGGGGGGGGGGGGGGGGGGGGAACCAGGGGAGAGCCCCUAUGGGGGGGGAGAGGAGAUCGGAAAGCCCGGGGGGUGCCCACCCGGGCCGAAAGCCCGGAUAAUGCCCCGGGGGGGAGGGCCCUUUUCUCCGAGAGGGAAAAGCCAGCGACGGACACCAUGGGGGGGGGGGGGGGGGGGAGAGGGGACCAGGAGAGAAGCCCUACUGGGGGAGAGACGAGAUCGCGAAGUACCGUGGGUAGCCAACCUGGACCGAAGUCCUGAUCAGUCUCCAGGUGGUGAGGCCCAUAUCUCCUUGUCACAAGGAACUAAUGGGCACCAGGAAGAGGCCCUCCUAGCUGGAGUACCGAUCAGGUGGGGUUGGGAGUCCACACCCUAGAGUGGGUAUUUUUCCGAAGCUCCAGAGAUAAGCCGUAGGGUAAAGUGCAGCCGUGGGUUACACCUCCCUGUCAUACUAACAUCAUUUUUAGGGUACGUUAAUUUGAGCUUAGGAGAAAAUUGUAGGUGGGAGUUUUAGUUGUUGCAGAAACAAAUGUUGACUAGUUAUUGUGUUGUGGAAUCGGUAUUAUUUAGGGACUCCUCCAUCUUUAGUAUUACGUAAUGAUCAUUUGGUGAUCGCACCUUGGGCGAUAUAGAACUACCAGAAUUCAGAGAAUUGUCUAUUGAAUGAAACGGGAUGUAAUAUUCUUCAACAAAAGUAUCGAAUUCUGUCAGUAAUGUUCAAGUAUGACCCAGGAUAAAGACCAGACCAGUCAUACCAGUUAAAGGACAAAACGUAAUACUAAGCGUAUUUGAAAUUCUUUUAUCAAUCACGUAUCAUUAAAUACGGUUCAACUCCUUAAAGCUACUCUCUUUAAGAUACAGUAUUCAAGUAACAAAGGAAGCACUCACGACAAUAAAUUCUUCUUAGCCAGUCUCACUUCUCACAGUAAAUAGCUUGCAGGUAUCACAGGCGUGAAAAUGUUUUUCCUUGAAGGUGUCUCAUCAACUGUGAAAAGCCUGCAAGUCUGUCAACGCCAAUCAGCCUGGCAACCACCUGUGAAGGGAACGCCUGUGACAAUGUCACAUAUCAAUGGCAACUUGUCACUGUACAUUCACAAAGUGGUCAAGACAACGUGGAACGUCUCACACGUGAUAUGACGCAAAGUGACCUCAAUCUUCCUGGACUCAGCAUCAAGGCAAAUCAGCUCAACGGAGGGUUAACUUAUCAAUUAAAAGUUACGGCUUCACCGGAGGACGGGCCUGCAGGAAAUGCCGCUUAUCAGUUUGAAAUGAACGCUCCACCGCAAAAUGGAGAGUGCACUGUGUCACCGAAAAGUGGAGAGGCAUUGGUUACCAAGUUUGCUGUUACAUGCACCGGUUGGCAAGUAAGAAAAUGUUUAUUUAGAGGCAACUGUCUGCUUACCCUACCAUCGAAAAGUCCCGUGCGGCAGUCAAGUACAAGUAGAUUUUCUUUCUGGGAAAAUAACUUUUAACCUUGCCUAAUAAGGCUCCAUGCAAGUCAUCCUCUAACAAAAUCAUCAACUAAGACGAGCAUGAAGUGGCCUCGGGCGAGCAUGAUGUGAGCCCUGUAUAAGCUAUUCCGCUUGCGAUUGGCGUGGCACACAAGUAGCUUAAUACACAGCGAGCAGUGUAUUUUAGUUUUCGUUUCACUUACUGGGGUAGUGCGCUUAAAACAUACAUGCCAGGCACAGGAAAAAAGGACGUCUCAUCCCAAUCCACUUUAAUUAUCAUCGGUCGUUGUUUUGCAAACGCGCUGGCUGGGAUAAGACCCCGACGGAUCUCAAUAGAAAAGGCUGACUGCAAGCAGUUUAGUUGCCUACUCUAAGAAAUCGGUAAGGCAGUCCCAAAUAGAGUAUCAUUUAUCGGAGAUGGAUUAGUGGUGGGAAGAAUUAGAGUUCCUGGUAAUAGUGACCCUGGAAAAGGGUUAUCAUUUCUGGUACCUACAAUUGCGAUCAUAAUUUGUUGAAUCACUUCCAAAAAACACAAGAUAAUCAGUGUUUCCACGAGUACAUGCAUUGGUUCCCUCUCCUUCCCCCAAUGUCUGUUUCACGGCUUUGUUUGGACAUAACCGUCUGAAAUAUCAACAUUGAAGGGGAAGGAGCGAACAAACCGAGGGUUUCAAGGUCCCAGCUGCACACACUCACCCAAAAGUUCAAAAAGUAUUUUCCGAGAUCAGGCUAAAUUCUCCAUACGUUUACUCUGCUUUAGAUGAGAUAAGCGAGGAAAAGUUAAACUCAUUAACUUCAUUCUCUCAACAGGACGAAAACACGCCACUAACAUACCAGUUUCACUAUAAAACCGACAGGGGUCUGUACACCGUGGUUUCUCAUGGAUCUGAAAGUAAUGCGACCACGGUUCUUCCUUCGGGCAAAGAAGACAAUGACUACGAAAUCGAUUUUAAUAUAACAGUAACUGAUACUCUGUCUGCAGCUGCGAAAAUCUAUUGCAAAGUCAAGGCAAGCACGAAAAAACCCUUUUCCUAUUUCUCCCCUGUAUAGUGACUCCAUUUUUUGCUUUGCAAAUGUUGUUGACAAUGAGAAAAUCUUGUGGUUUUGACUAUUUUUGUUUCCUCCAAAGUUCGAUGUGGCAGACAAAGGUCGUUAGACAUAGUUUGUCACUGAAGUAGCCCAAAAGUGUUGACAAAUAGCUUUUUAGCAUGAAGCUUAUCCGUUGCUAGAUCUUUCUGGACUUGCCACAUUAAGCGAACAGAGCGAGCUUUUUAGGCCGUGAAGGGGCCAAGCAAGACGAAGUCCCGCGCCAUAUAAAUCAGACGAAGGGCUGUUUUGAAAGUCUAAGACUUUUCUACAGCUUCUAGAUCUCCACAACAUCAUUAUAGUCAGCAUGAAAGCUGAUGUGGACUUGCUACAGCAAUAAACACGUUUUUAAGGUUGGUAUAUACAUUUGGGAGGUCGAAAGUUUUGUUAUAUGAAUUACGCCCUUAGGUCAAACCCGCGCCAUCGAACGAGGAUCUCAGCGGUCUCACUGUGGGUAACAGCAGUCAGUUUACCCAGCUCAUUCAAGCAGGAGACAUAAAGGGCGCUACACAGCUCGCAAACGCUGUGCUUCGAGAAGCUGAACAGUCAGGAAACACAACAACCCAGAAGAAAAUCACCGUAUGUGAAGUAGUUCUCUUAGCGUAAAUAAAAACAUUUAGCGAAUAGUAUGGUCAGAACUGUUUUACAUUUGUUUUGUGUCUCAUUUUUUCUACCCGUUUACGCUUCAAAAAUUUCUGAACUGCAAUGCAUAAAAAGGCAGAAACUAAGUAAAACAUUUAAAGGUAAAUUGCUCAUUAAAAGUUCUUCCUGUAAAAAUCGCAUGGGAUAGUUCCCAAUAAUACGAUGGUUCAAGAUAAUCACUUUAUAAUUCGGUCACUUAGUUUGUUUUUUAAUGUAUAUGCGUGUGCCUUAAUUUUCAGAUCAUAAAUUCUGUUGUUAAAGAAGUUUCUGGAGUAGAAGCAGGCAAUCUACAGUCCUUAACACAAGUCACUUCAGUGAUCGCACGAGCGACAUUAGACCCCAAGGAGGUCACAUUUGAUACACAGGUAGGAAUUUAACAAUGAUGUUUAUUCAGCAGGUUACACUGAGGGACUCGGAUGAAAUAAUCUGUGCUCUUCCCACAUGAGUCGAACCUUCGACCUAAUGGUUACGUAUUCAUUUGUAUGUAUAUCGGCGGGAAGGCUCAAUCAAUAAAAGCAAAUAUAAAUCAGUCUUUAACUUUUAUCUUCUUUUUUUUGUUUUCUUCUACAACUAUUGUACGUUAGAGUCUUGUUCUAGAAAUUCUUCAGUCGAUGACGUCACUAUUGCAAAACAAAACGAAAGAAGACUAUGGUUCAGAGUACAACUUGGUUGAGCAGGGAGCAGAGAACCUGGUAUUGAGUUUUGGUAAUCUUCUCAAAUCAGCUGCACAGAAAGCGAGCGUGAUAAGAAAAACAAAAAUAGAGUCGGCGGAAAAACGAACUGAGGUAAGAGUCAUAUCAAUGAACCUGAACUGGAACAACUUGUUCGAUAAUGAAAGCGGAAGGAAAUAGAACUUGAAUAAUUACGUUACGACUCAGUGACAUUAAGUCACAGGUGCGUUAGCGCUUAUUCCUUAGACAACAUGAACCAACCAAUAAAUAGUUUUCUUGACGUUUAGUCAACCAAUCAAAAGGCAAGACAUUCAUAGACCUAGAAAUAACUAAAAAACCUAUCCAAAGGGUGAAACCUCCUAAAAUAGCACAUGAUCUGAUCUCAACGAGAUUCCUCUGCAUUAUACUUAUGAGAUGUAGAAAAAACGAACAAUUCGGUCCCUGCUAUACUACUGAAUCUCUUGUGUAAGCGACAUAGGUAUGUGCGGCGCCAAAAGAUGAGGUUUUUGAUAUCCUUUGGUCUGAAUAUUUGGUAGAGGUGAUAAACCAUGAAUCUGGGCCUGAAAAAGGUUAAGGUUUUCUGCUCUCAGGUAUCAGGGUGUAGAAUUGGGUACGUUCUCUCUAUCAACAUGGAGGAAUCACCCAUUACGGUUUAAAAUAGGCUGGUAAGGGUUUUAGAAACGUGCCGCACACCCCGACCGUUAUUUUCCAUCAACCCCAAGAAAUUAUAUCAACACCUGACAUGUAACAAUUUUUUCAUUUUACAGAGCGAGGAGAUAUCCAAGAAGACGGAAAAACUCGUUAAUGAUGUCGCUACCACUUUGUUGUCGAGAAUGGUUGUAGACCAGGAACCCAAAAAACUGAAAACGAAAUCCCUGGACUUGGUGUUAAACAGACUCAGCCCUAGGUCUCUGACAAAAGACAAGAAUAUUGAUGACGAUGACAUGGGGUUUAAACUUCCCUUGACAGCGAUCACUGACGAAAGAACCUUAGAUGCUGAAUUCAUUGACGCAGUGGUAAGUCGUCUUGCUUGAAUGAAGAAGAAGCUUUAACUUCUUCUUCUUCGUACAGAUAAACCAUAUUAUUAGUUUCAUGUCGUGUCUUUAAAGUUCAAAAUAUACCUCUAAAAUAAAUAGAACUCAAAUUAAAAACAAGGUAAUCAAGCUUAUGGGACUGAUGGGGCUGAAAGUUAACAAAACGCCCACAAUAUUUUACAGUUCUUAUGAAAAGACCCACGCCACUUUGAUAGUUGAUCACUCCACCGCCAGAACUAUUGCCGGAAAAAAAUUGUCAUGUUUUCUUUUUUUGCAGCUAACUGCAAGUAGCUUCAAUCCUUUUACUUGGGACAACAGUUCAGCCUUUGUAAGCCCUCACGUUCUCAGCUUGGUGCUUAAGGAUGAUAAAGGAGAAUCUUUGACGGUCGAGGACAGCAAAGAGGAUAUUGAAAUUAAGAUUAAAAAAGACGGGCAGCCAGAACCAGAGUCGGUUGACUCAUUCUUCGUUAAACCCAGCAGUCGAGGAGAGAUGCAGUACCAUACAAUCGUCCUGCCCUAUGCAGAUGGUAGCGCUUUAAGACUGAAAGUGAGUAAUGCCAUAGGUCUAAACUCACUUCUAGAUAGUCUAGGAGGAAAAUACGUCUUGCAUAGAUUGCAGCCUCCUGUAAUUCAUGUGGCUCAUCUUUAGUCAAGAAGGGAACAUGAGAUAGAAAAGCUAAGUCCCAUAAUCUUGUGAGGAAUUAAUUCAUUCUUAGCUUGCAUAAUUCCGACUAGGGCUUAUUACAAGUUUCUGCCCUCGAUCUGCCCCCACCCCAAUUUAUAUGCCCAUAGCUUCGUUUAUAAUAAAGAACAGAUGAGAAUGUCAUAAAGUUGUAUUUGAUUUAUAUUGUAGAUCAAACCAGCAGGAUCCGCUGUGCUCAGUGUGUUUGUACGAUAUGGGCAGCGCCCAACUGUUACAGACUUCGAUGCCAAGAGGAAAAUCCCGAAUGAAUCGUGCUCUAUGAAUUCCGACGGUGAAUGUAACGAGGAAGCUUACGAAAUUCUCUUAGAUUAUGAGGUGUUAAAUGACCCUGGAACCUACUACAUUGGUAUUCUUAGCGAAACAGAUGACAUACAGCCCAAAAGACGCCGGAAACGUUCUUGUUUUAAACGCGGGCGCGAAAAGCGUUCAUGCGUCGAGAUUAAGGAUCCUCCGAGACCCGAGAAUAUUACAGUGAAACCAGUUUAUGACCCGAAGACAGAUAUUAAUUACUCAAUGAGUGUUCUUGAGGAAGAAUGCCUGUUUUGGUACACCGCAGAGGAGCGCUGGUCGUCAAGAGGAUGUAAGGUAAACUGGUAGAAAGAGAAGAUGAAGAGAACAACAUUGCUACCUCAAAUGCGAGAACUUUUCUGCAGCAAAGUUCAGCAGCCACAGGCUAAAUUAUACUCUUUUAACUGUAGAUGCGACCAUAUCCACGAGUGUUAGUGCAGUUCGCAAGGUUUAUAUUUGUUUGUUGGCGUCGCCAACAAGGAAUCAGGCGCCAAUUAUGAAACUCUCAAACAGAUCACUGUACAUGUCACCGAUUAAGAGGAUGUUUCAGUAGGGGCGACUGUUUAGGUAAAAGUGUUUAAGGUAAUUUUGUUUUUGAUUUGCAUCGAAGUAGGUUUGGCUCUAUAGAUGACAUUCGAACACUAGCCAGAGUUGGUUACCAAAAAAGCGCGUCCCAGCGACUGAUAAAAUAUCAAGCGAUGUAAUACUGUGGAUUCCGAACCUGGGACAUGCUUGUGCAGGCAAGACAUACAAAAAUUACGUGCAAUUAUGACGAUGGCGAAUUGCGUGUUGAAUUCUUACCCGAUGCAAUGACUGAUCGAGACGGAUGGUUAGAACGAACCUGAGCAAUCCGUGCAACCAGCACGCUCAGACGAUGAUGAUGAUAUUGCUUUUCAUUUAUCACUCUUUUCCGUAAUGUUCUAAGUUCUUUUUUAGCUAGCGUAUGUGGUCUGGCCAGCUGCAAAUGGAAGGAAUGAGCUAAUCUUUAUUCCAAUCCCCUCCCACCAGUUUUAAAAUUGACUUCUUUACCUCUCGAGAGUGAUGAAACAAGUUGAUAUUGCCGGUUCACACCUUCAUUUCACAUCGCGUCAAAAUCCGCUCCAAAAUUCGAGUGUGAGAAACAGUUAAGACCUUUGAAGCAGGCUUUAAGGGUCAGAAGAACUAGUAACGCUUAAUCCCUCCCCCCCUUUACCAUUUUAUACACCACCUAUGAAGUGGACUAAUCAACGCUGUUCUUUACAUCGUUGUUGUUACUUUCCUUUAAAGGUUGGCCCAAAGUCUAACAAGACCUCGCUGUAUUGCCUAUGCAACCAUCUGACGUCAUUCGGCGGAGGAGUACUGGUAAAACCAAACUCACUGGAUUUUGAUGUUGUCUUCAAUGAACUUACGCGACUCCACGAAACAGGAAACAUCGCCGUACUUAGUACCAUAAUUGCUGCUUUGUUGUUGUAUAUCCUAGUGAUAAUAGUUGCAAGAAGAGCAGAUAAACGAGAUAGGGCUAAGGUAGGGCCAACAAAAGUCAUUUGAGUAUGUAAAUUAUAGUUACUGUAACUGAUUUACGCUCAUUCAGAGAUUCAUCAAUGACACUUUUACGAGUGACUACGCACAGCUCCGUUAGAUCUGAAAACCUAACUGACCAAAGGUAGAAUGGCAAAUUAAGCAUCGGAAGACGAGUUCAAUCUUUUCCGCACGCCCUCGCCUUCUCAUUUGACGUCGCGUUGUUUUUGCUACUGUCUUUUCAGGCAAAACUGACGUUAUAAAGUCAUUUAUUAGUGACGAAACUGUUAACCUUUUCACUGCCAAAUGUGGCCAAAGGCAAAUUUCGACCAAAUUUCCAAAUUUCAUUCCCUAAAAUUGGGAGAAAUAAAGAGUAUCAUGUGAAAGUACAGGCCGCGAGCUUUCGUUUGAAUGGUCACACCAUAGGAUUCCGUCCACAGACUCAAAAGUUAGAGUCACCUUACAAAACUCUAUCAAACACUCUGGCAGUGAAAGGGUUAAAUAAUCGUAAAAGGAAACAUACAGUGUAAUGCACAUUUUUUUCCCUUUUACCUUUUAGACUGGCCCUCCCUUGCAUUUAAACUCAUUAGUCGAAGGAGACUUUCAAUACGACCUGACUGUAGCCACCGGGGUAUGGAAUGAUUCUGGGACAGAUGCUAACGUUGCCAUUGUCAUUUACGGUAACGAGGCACAAAGCCAACCCAUAGUACUGAACAAAAACAUGGUUAAGUCAAGAACGGUUUUAGCGCGAGGAAACGAAGACUCAUUCGUAAUUCAUAUGCCCAACUCUCUCGGCGUGAUUCAGUACAUCCAAAUAUGGCAUGAUAACUCAGGAAAGUACCCGUCGUGGUUUCUUCGUCAUUUGACUGUAAAGGACCAUCAAACAGGAAAACAAUGGACGUUUAAUAGUAACACUUGGUUUGCGCUAGAAAAAGGCGACGGCAAAAUCGAAAGACUUCUUACUCCUAUCCCUGCGGAGGAAAUGAAAACUUUUAAAUACUCGUUGAACGCGCGCGGCUCGAGAAGCUUCUCCGAAGGCCACUUAUGGUUGUCAGUAGUUACCAAGCCACCUAAAAGUAAGUUCACCCGCGUCCAAAGAGCGACUUGUUGUCUGUGUCUUUUGCUGUCUGCCAUGCUGGCUAAUGCCCUGUUUUACAGGACUGACAAGGUAGCCGAUCAAACCAUUCAGAUUGGUCCGUUAAAGUUCAGUUGGAGACAGAUCAUAGUAGGACUUCAGAGUGCUCUCAUAGUCACUCCGGUAAACUUAUUGAUCAUGGCAUUUUUCAAAAACAGCGCUGAGAAAAGUUCAAAUAAAGUUACUACCUGUACACCGCUAAGGCGACGAGUGUCUAAGCGACAUCGGACGUAUUCCAUUGUGAGCAGUUUACCCCAGAUAAACGAUGCUGAUGAUACUUCACACCAAAAGACCACCUUUUGGACGAGAACAACAAGUCGCGUGCGCGGUAUGCUUAAAAAGGACUUCAUGUUACCUCACUAUUGUGUAUACAUCGCUUGGUUCCUAUGUUUUGUGACCAUAGCCCUGUCUUCAACGUUUACGUUUUUCUACAGUUUGCAAUGGGGAAAGGACAUCUCAAACCAGUGGUUAUCCUCAAUGCUUGUUUCUUUCACAGAAGACAUUUUUGUUUUGCAGCCUAUAAAAAUCGUGCUUCUUAUGAUUGUUACAGCGUGUCUUUUUGGUAAUAAAACUGAUACCAAAGAAGUCAGCCGUUCGAUCAAAUCACAUCAGCAGUUAUCCACUGAAAAUAUCCAAGCUGACGGCUUCCAAAGCAUUGAGAUGGAUAUUCCACACGAAGAUGACCUCAAACUUGCACGGGAGUACCGAGUGAAGGAAGCAAAAAUGUUUUCUUUUGGCAGAGAGUUGGUCGGGUAUUUGUUGUUCCUAUCCUUACUGAUGAUCGUAUGUUACGGCAACAGAAGUUACCAUGGCUAUCUAAUGACUAAAAACGUCAAAGACACCUUCAGUAACUUUUCGUUGGUAAGUAUCUUAAAGAAAUUAAGUGAUGACCAACUAAAAAAGUCCGAAGGCACUAGGUUGUUUUAUGGCGCUCGCGUUUUGCCAUACAUAGCCUGCGAAUACAGCCCCCCGUCAUCGCUCCCCGUCGCUGAGAAGUUACGCGACGUCGCAACGACGGGAAGCGAUGGCAGGCGGCUGUUUUCGCACGUUAUGUAUGAUUUAAAAAUAACAAAAAAUCUUGGGCAUUGGUGGGCAUAAUGAGACUUCUCCCUCCCUCUCGGGAUAAGAGGGAUUUAGCAUCGACGACGGCCGGGACAAGUGCAGCUAAUGGAAAUAAAUGUCACUUAAUCGUCCGAGGACGAAUAGGAACAGGGAAGUGAUUUUAAUACAUGUUCAUUCACGUGAUUUAGAGAGAUUCAAACUAGAUACUACUUUCCGGCCAGCAGAAAGCCCUCAAAAAAAUAAUGUGGGGCUCGCACUUUCACGUGUUCUCACUGUCGAGGAUAGAACUCUCAUACAAGCUAAUUUUGUGGUAUAAUGUAUUUCGUUAACAAGCGUUAAUGUUCAAGACUGUAUGACUACGCCUGACAGAAUUAAUCAAAUGUACGUUUUUGUUUAGGCAAAAGACCCAAGAUUUUUCUGGAAAUGGCUUGGAGGGCAGUUUGUAAGCGGUAUUUACGCCAGUGAAUGGUACAACGCCGAAAAGGUGAAACAGAACGUGUAUAUUGGUGACAAGAUGUCCCUUCUCCUUGGAAUGCCUCGCCUAAGACAGUUAAGGAUUCAGAAAGGUAUUUCAUUACUACUCAUUAGAGCUGAGGCUUUAAAGCAUCCAUGGAAAAGCGAGAUAGCUUGGCAAAAAUAUAAGCUCUAACUUGAAGUCACUUAAAAUUUAAGAGGGUUAGAAACACAGACAGUUCCCUACAUCAUAAAGCUGACAGUGGCCAACAUGGCCCACUAAAUAUCAGCAUGAUAUUAUCAUUGGCCUGCCUCGGGCACGGCUUAAUUAAGUUUUACGUUUCGUCGCCUCCGCCGAAAAGAGACAAUACGGCAGACGGAUAGCCCAGAAGGCGUUGCGUGUCUCGUCCGCCACCCUAAACGGGGCCAAUCGUUUUUGUGGGCUUGGGUCGCUUCAGAUCAAUAAACCACGCACUAAACAGACUUGGAACGAUGAGAUAGUUAAUUAAGAAGCGUCCUGCUAACCCAGACGAUCAAACAACUUCAAAGAACAUUGUAUUGGGAUAGGAGAAGGUGUAAACUCGACAUAGAAAAAACGUAAUGAAUAUGGCUUCGUAGCUUAAUGUACGCCCGUUGUAGGCGUCUAAAUUGGUCCACUAUCAUGUAAGUUAUCAACCCUUGGUAUUUAACGGAUGGCAAUUACGUUUAAGAUGUACCAUGCACAAAAUCUAUCCUGCAAUGCAGUUCAAAAGGAUUGCCCAAAAUUUCGAAAGCUACCAAAUUUGUAUAUUUUUCGAAAUAUUCGAAGCGUAAUUUUUUGGAGUUCGUAAAAACUCGAAGUUCAUAAAGGGCCAUCCUCAAGGUCCUGAGAUAUUUCGCCUUUCUGGUGAAUUUUCCGAUGUUUUGCGGCUGCAUGACUACACGAGGUGUACUGGAUAGUACACCUCGUGUAUGGAAUAAUAACUGAAGGAGGCUAUGGGGCUCUCCACACUUGGUGCUUGGGAACCAGUGCCUGGGUACCGGGUAGCUGUGUUGCGUUCACACUUUGAGUAGCAGAUAUUUAACAGUGUACAUAGUUACUCCAUUUCGCCCCGUCAGACGCCAUUUUGAAACAUGACUUUAGCAGCAAGUACAAAGUAAUGGACUGCCCCAAUACUAACAAAAACGGUCUGCACUCAGGGACCCGGUGACCACUUUUGUGUCAAAGAUGAGUGGAAGGUCGAGAAAUUGUACUCGGGCACCGGUACCGGGCCGGAAUUCUAACGUGGGUACUUGACAAAAGGGUGUGUUCAAAUUAGGGUGCGUUCACAUUUAGUGCCAGGGCACUAAUUCUCGGGCACGGUACAAAAUGGUGCUUUGCCCACACUCUGGGUACCCAAGUUGUCUUUCGUCCACUUUGCUCCGUCAGCAGACACCAUUUUUGCAAAGGGAGCGAAGAAGUUGACUGUGGGUAAAACUCCUCGGAACCAACGGAAAACACGUGCACACUUUAGUGCCCAUGCACAACGUCUCGGCCUUGUACUCGAAUUCUACCGCGGGUAAAGGUGUGUUCACAUUAGUGCCCAGCGAGUAUCGUACUCGGGCACCAGUGCCCAGGAACCAAGUGUGAACGCACCGCCGGGCACGUUGCUUGAGUACGACACCCUCUUGAAAGUACAAACGCCAGAAUUCGGGAACGGUACUGGUCCCUGGCUACAAAGGUCGAAACCUUGACCUCGGACACCGGGUCCCACGCGUAUUCUGUUAGCUCCAAGGCAGUCCACUCCUUUGCAUACCCAUUUCUUCUUGCUAUGCUCACGUUUCACAAUGGCGUCUGGCAAAAAUGAAGCGAAUACAGUUAAAUAUAGGUUACCCUGGUGUGAACACAAAACCCUUUUAUGCCAGUACCCUGGAAGAGGUGCUCGGGCACAAAGUGUGAACAUAGAAAUUUUAAGUUGCCACAAUGUUCUCUCGAUCCAAAUUAUUUUUCUAUUUCAGAUUCCUGUUUAGUUCCAGAAGAGGUUACAAAAGUAAUAAAACACUGCAACGACUUCUACAGUUUAAGUGAAGAAGACAGAACCCCUUUAAAUCUUCCAGGGUGGCAACCAUUUAUUGGAUCUGUGGAUUGGGCAAACUUUUCUGAUUUAUGUCCAGCCCCGUGGAAUUAUAUAUCACAAGAAAAACUGCAAAACUCGCCAAGCUGGGGAUUCUUUGAGCUUUACGACGGAGGAGGUUACGUUGCAGACUUGGGAUAUAGCUUUGACUCUGCAGUUGCAGUUAUUUCUAAUACACAUAAAUUUGGUUGGAUCGACCAACAAACCCGCGCGGUGCUAGUAGAAUUUUCCAUUUACAACCCAAAUACAGGAUACUUUAGCAUCUCGACCUUCUUUCUGGAGAUAUUACCAACUGGUUACGGAAAUGCUUUUCAAAGGAUCGAUACACUUUUGUUAACCAGUACUCAGACCGGUUUUUACCAAUUUUAUUUGAUAUGUCAGCUGCUGUUUAUAAUCUUAGUAUUCUUGUUUGUUCUUCGAGAAGUGUACAGUAUCUUCAGAAAGAGAUGCAGCUAUUUCCGAGACGUCUGGAAUUGGAUUGAACUCUUACAGAUAACGUUAUCAUUUCUGGUUGUAAUCUUCUACGUCAUUAAGUCGAAGCUCUUUGUUCGAAGUGCUUUAAAGGUUAAGGAAAACCCUUUUGUUACAGUCAGCUUCCGGGCCGCUAUUAACUGGCAAGAUGCGGAGAGCGGAGUGUUAGCGAUUGCAGUGUUUAUAGCCACCACAAAACUUCUACAUAUGAUUCGAUUCAAUCGUCAUAUCAGCAUUCUGAUGACAUCGUUGCGGGCGUCAAAAAGUUUUAUGCUUUCUUACUCGGUCAUUUUUAUCAUAGUAUUUCUUGCGUAUGCGCAGCUAGGAAAGCUGGUCUUGGGAAAUGACAUACAGCGUUACUCUUCGUUCACAAAUACCUUGUACUCCGAGCUCCUUAUGUGCCUUGGCGGGAAAAUGGGACUAAGCGAUUUGAUACGGGUAAACCGCCUUCUUGGACCACUGUUCGGAUUUUCUUUUAUUUUGCUUAACGCCUUCAUUUUCGUCAACUUUUUUGUCGCCAUUUUAAACGAUUCUUACGAGGAAGUCAAGGAAAACACCGACAAGCAAUGCCAUGAAGAUUUUGAGAUGGCAGAUUUUAUCCUCGAAAGACUGAGUGAGCUUUUGGGACUCGGUAGUCGACACCACGCGGAAAAAGAUGGUUAUGAAUCAAAAGGGAAAAUACCAGCUUCUAGUUCAUGUGAAAAUAACAGCGAUGAACUAUUUAAACAAGACGAACCAAGGGAAAACCCCCACGUUUCUGUUUCAACAUUAGCGUUCCUACCGCACCGAUUUCGUCGAAUGGCAAAGAGAAAACAGCUACGAAAUAUAAAAUUAUGGCGGGAAAGUGUAAAGAAGGAAGCUCCAAGACAGUUCCCAAAGAUCGACGAGAAAUGCGUGGAUGGAACAUCAAGAACGGUUGAAGGACAACACCGACUUGCCUCAAGCAUAAGUGCUUCAGACACUUUCUAUCAAGACCAAUUGUUUAUGAGACUGGAAUCAUUGACAAGUAAAGUUGUAAGGGAUUAUGUGAGAGAAGAUAUGGAGUUUCUUUCUCUAAUUCGACUCUUGUACAUUGUAGAUCACAAGGAAAAUGCUGAGACCUCUUCUACCCCAGAAACAGAUUCCACUUUAGAUGACAUGGAAGUAUCUUCUUUCUUAGACUCCCCAAACAUGUCAAUGUACGGCGCAUGCGUUGACAACUGGAAAAGCAGUACAUCCGGGAAUUACUCAGAGGAUGAGAUUGAGAGCUUAGAGCUGCUAAGAACCAGAGCUUCUCAUAAUAGGUUACCAGAUCACUUGAGACAGGGAAAGGAAAUGCAGCAUAAGCUACGUACCAGAGCGUCAGGGAGCAAAGGUCGCGCGCGAAAUACAAACGCCUCUAACACCCCUAUUUUCAAGUACUAUUCCUUCAUAUGA